CAAACCAAGGACAACUACCCCUGAGUUUCUUCUUAACUGCACAAUGGUAUUGCCAGCGACUCCAGAGAAGAAGAAAAACAUGGGAAGAAAAGGAAUUUCAGCUCUCUUCUUCCCAUCCUCAAAAACCCUUAAUUCUUCCCCUUCAUUUCCUAGCACCCACAUUUCUUCUUCCCCAAGUCACACAUUUUCUGAAUCAAUUAUGGAAGAAAACGUUGAAAAUGCAGAAUCUAUCAUCACCAAAUGGGAUCCUGACUCUUCUUCAAACACCAAAUUCAGUUAUCUUUUUCAGCAGGACAGAAGAGAAGCCACGGAUUUCCUCAAGAGUGUAAAAGAUCUCCACCGAGCCAUGCAUUUUUUAGUCUCGGAAAAUUCUACUUCUGACAAGCUUGUUCUCGCACAAAAACUUAUGCAAAUGGCGAUCAAGAGGCUUGAAAAGGAGUUCUAUCAGAUUUUGUCAGCUAACCGGGAUCAACUUCACCCGGAAUCAGUUUCCGGUGGAAGUAAAUCAAGCAAUCCAGAUGAUGGAGAGGAUGCUAAGUUAGAAAAGGCAGGCCAGUCCAUCACUGAAGUUGAAAGAUCCUCUGCACUCGCAAUGGCUGACCUAAAGGCCAUAGCUGAGUGCAUGAUCGGUUCUGGUUAUGGAAACGAGUGUGUAAAGAUUUACAAAUUGAUCAGAAAAUCCAUAGUCGAUGAAGGAUUGCAUCUUCUUCGAAUCAAACGGCUCAGGUCUUCUCAAGUUCACAAGAUGAACUGGGAAGUACUUGAGCAAAUGAUCAAGAACUGGCUGAAUGUGGUGAAAAUCGCUGUGAAAACCCUCUUCGCUGGAGAAAAAGUUCUCUGCAAUCAUGUGUUUCCGGUGUCCAAGACAAUCAGGGAGUCCUGCUUCGCAGAGAUAACAAGAGAAGGAGCAUUGAAUUUGUUCAUGUUCCCUGAACUCGUCUCCAAGUACAAGAAAUCACCUGAGAGAAUUUUCCGGUUCAUGGAGCUCCACGGAGCACUCUCCAAACUCUGGCCGGAGACUGAAUCAAUAUUUGAUUUUGAAUCAACCUCACGGAUUAAAUUGCAAGCUCUUACAUCCCUCCGCAAACUGAGUCACUCGGUUUGUAUCAUCCUGUCCGACUUUCAAUCAUCAAUCCAGAAGGACUCAUCAAGAACUCUGGUAACCGGAGGUGGAAUUCACCCUUUGACAGAAUCCUCCAUGAGUUACUUAUCUUCCCUAGCAGAAUACAGUGAGACUCUAUCUGACAUUGUUGCUGAAUGCCCAUUUCCGGGGAAUUCUUCACCAUUUCCAGAAUCUUACACCAUUGAUAGGUCAAAACCGGCAGCAUCGGUUCAUCUUGCUUGGCUGAUUCUAGUUCUUCUAUGCAAGCUUGACCGGAAAGCAGGGCUAUACAAAGAUGUGGCUCUGGCCUAUCUCUUCCUAACAAACAAUCUUCAGUUCAUUGUCGAAAAGGUUCGAACAAGUCCCCUGAAGGAACUCCUAGGAGAGGAAUGGGUGUGCAGACAUACCAAGAAGGUUAAACUGUACGCUUUGAGCUAUGAAUUGCAGGCCUGGAACAAGGUCUUAACAUCUUUACCUGGGGAAAGUUCUUCAGCAAUGUCACCAGAGGAACUAAAGGACUGUUUCCGGAGGUUUAAUGCCACUUUUGAAGAAGCAUACCAGAAACAGACAACCUGGAUUGUCCCGAAUAGGAAGCUAAGGGAUGAAUUGAAGGUGUCCAUAGCAAGGAAACUUGUACCGAUGUACAAAGAAUUCUAUGAAGCACAUUUAGGGGAUUUGGUUGGGGAGAAGAAUUUGGAGGUGUUGGUUAGGAUUGGACCUGAUGACUUGGGAAAUUACUUGUCUGAUCUGUUUCAUGGAACUCCUUUUUCAAGCAGUUUUUCUUCAUCCUCUUCGUUUAAUUCAUAAGGAUGUAUGUUGAUGCCCCGGUAAAGACAGUAUUCAAUAACAAUGAAUCAAGAUAGUCAAUGUUUUGUAAAGUGCAGAAACCAGAAUAGAAAGAGAGCUCUGUUCUUACUCUGUUUUCAGUGGUAGGGGUUUUCUUAAUGUUGAUGUUUUACUUACAAGUGUGAAGAAUAAAGAUCUCAUAUCGAA